AUGGACUCCCCGGAUCAAUUCGCUCCCACCGACCCGUCAAUAUCCUCCUCAUCCACCGCGCUCAAUCCUCACGAGGUUCAAGCAGAUUCUUCCAGCACCGGUGCUGAACGAUACCGACUCCUGCAUCAGCCAUCGGCCGCGACAUCGCAGUCCCGUUCCAGCUCCCAAUCCCACUCUCGCAAGAUUUCAUCGUCAUCGUCCUCCGUCAGCAUAUCUGGAACGAAUAAAAAGAACCGCUAUGCUGAUUCCAGCCCUGCUGGCAGCUACUCCGACCGAUCCACCUUGGCUCUUGCCUCGCAAGCGGCCCCGAGUCCUGUGAAAGGCUCCUCCUAUUCCCGGCAUUCUAGAACCCAGUCAGCGGCUUCGGAUGCUGGCAGCGAAGUUCUUGUCUUUGAACCUACCUCGACUGCCCAACCCUUUCUGUCGGAUAUCCAAACAAGACGCUUGUCCAGCACCUCUGCUUACUCGCUCGCUUCCGCUCGAGCCAUCUUCAACUCGUCAUCCUCAACCCACGGUUCUGAGUCUGGAGCACCUCCACGCUCAGUAUCCGGCCUCAUGUCAUCAAGCAAAGCAGGCGGCAUUGGCACUCCACCAGAGCCUGGCCUGUCAAACGUCACCGUCACCACUUCGUCUUCCAACGGAGCAAUGGCCAAUGGCCAGCACAACCUCACCACGAGAGAUCCUCACGCCCAGCCGCUCGACUUGAUGAGGCGAAAUCAGCGCGCCGAGUCAAACAUGCGCACACAACCUGGUCGGUCUCGAAGUAGAGCCAACAGACGUUUCAGCGGCAGCACGUCGACUAGCACUCACAGCCAGGGAAGCGACCGUGGCCCGCAUCGCGACAGGGAAGAAGCCAAGCCUGCUCCUUUGGGCACCAUUGGAAUAUGCGCCUUGGAUAUCAAGGCAAGGAGCAAGCCUAGCAGAAAUAUUCUGAAUCGACUCAUUGCCAAUCGAGACUUCGAUGUUGUAGUAUUCGGUGACAAAGUGAUUCUUGACGAAGAGGUGGAGAAUUGGCCCAUUUGUGACUAUCUAGUUUCGUUCUAUUCGGACGGAUUCCCACUCGAGAAGGCGAUUGCUUAUGUCAAGGCCAGGAAGCCAUUCUGUGUCAACGACGUGCCCAUGCAAAAGGUUCUUUGGGACAGGCGUGUUUGUCUAAGACUACUCGAUAAAAUCCAAGUUCGCACCCCCAAACGCCUCGAGGUGAGCCGUGACGGCGGCCCUCAAGUUCUCACGCCCGAGAUGGUGAAGCAUAUUCAAGAAAUAUCCGGCAUCGCCCUCGAGCCGGUCGAUUCUGCGACGGCAAAACGGCCAGAAACCGUCCAGCUGCUGGAUGACGGCGAUACGUUGAGCGUAGACGGCGCUCUUCUGAAGAAGCCGUUUGUGGAGAAGCCGACCAGCGGCGAAGAUCACAACAUCAUCAUCUACUUCGCCAAGAGCGCUGGGGGUGGCGCAAGGAAGCUCUUUCGGAAAAUCGGUAACAAGAGCUCUGACUACGUUGCUGAUCUCACCGUGCCGAGAGCAAUCACCGACCCCCACGGAAGCUACGUGUACGAAAGCUUCAUGCAGGUAGAUAACGCGGAGGACGUCAAGGCGUACACCGUCGGCCCAAACUAUUGUCAUGCGGAAACUCGAAAGUCGCCAGUGGUGGAUGGCAUCGUCAGACGCAACACGCACGGCAAGGAAUUGCGAUACGUCACCAGCCUCAGCCGGGAAGAACGAGAAAUGGCGAGCCGCAUUUCCACAACCUUUGGUCAGCGCGUCUGUGGUUUCGACCUACUCAGAGCUUCGGGAAAGAGUUGCGUGAUCGAUGUCAAUGGCUGGAGCUUUGUCAAGGAUAACGACGACUAUUAUGAUCAUUGUGCAAGCAUUCUUCGGGAUCUCUUCGUCAAAGAAAAGCUUCGACGGGGAGCGGCCACGCCUCCGUUGCCAUCCCCGGAGGCUACAGAAUUUGACCCUAUGACCAGAGCUAUGCUCCAGUCCCAAGACCGUGAGCAUCAAUCUGUGUCUGUGCCGUCUGCCGCCUCCGCCUCCGACUCCGGUGCGAACGGUCAGUCAAGCGCCGAUCAGCAGCAGCAGCAAGUUGGAGAUGUGAAAUCGCAAAGCAGGAAUGCGGGGGGAAGCGCAUCUGGUCCUGAGAGCACGCUCAACUCUUCUCACGCCAGCACUUCGGCAAGUCCUCUGUUGCAACCGCCAUCGGAACUCGCCUUGCCUGGGACUUCGACAGCCGCUUCAUCAUUGCAGUCUGGAACCGCUUCCACUCACGCUAUACAAGCUCCGACGAGCGAGGAAGUCACAACCGCUCCCGCUCCCGCUCCCCCUCCUCCCAAGAACUCUUGGAAAUUGAAGGGCAUGGUCUGUGUCAUCAGGCACGCCGAUCGUACGCCAAAACAAAAGUACAAGUUUACCUUUCACACCGACCCUUUCAUUGCCCUACUCAAAGGCCAUCAAGAAGAGGUCCUUUUGAUUGGGGAAGCAGCCCUGGCAAGCGUCAUCCAGGCAGUCGAUUUGGCUUAUGACGCUGGUAUUGAAGAUCGCGGGAAACUCAAGACUCUCCGCAACGUGUUGGUGAAGAAAGGAAGCUGGGCUGGUACAAAGGUUCAGAUUAAACCAAUGUUUCGAAAUAAGAAGAGCGAGUCUCCGCCUACCGCAACCGAGCGACCAGCAGCAAAAGAGUAUGCAGCCAUGUCAGAGAAGGCCGCACCAUCGGGGGCUUGCGAUGGAAGCGCAUGUGCAGGACCUUUUACUGCCAAGCGCCACGACUCUCUUUCCGGCGUAACCAUGUCCAAGUUUACGGCUGCCGAGGAGAGCUUGGUGCUGGACAAGCUUCAGUUGAUCGUCAAAUGGGGCGGCGAACCAACUCAUUCGGCUCGGUACCAAGCCCAGGAGCUUGGAGAAAACAUGCGGAACGACUUGAUGCUGCUGAACAGGGAUAUAUUUGACGAGGUACACGUGUUCAGCAGCUCUGAGCGACGAGUCAGUGCAAGUGCUCAGAUCUGGACUUGCUCGUUUUUGGGCAGGAAUGACAUUCCAGAAGAUUUCAUCACGACAAGAAAAGAUCUUUUGGAUGACUCCAACGCUGCCAAGGAUGAAAUGGACAAAGUGAAGAAGAAGCUGAAGGGCUUGCUGAGGAAGGGCAACGAGCGACCUGCCCAGUUUGCGUGGCCCGAAAAUAUGCCCGAACCAUCCGAAGUCCAAACUCGAGUAGUUCAACUCAUGAACUUUCACAGGCGUGUGAUGCAGCACAACUAUGGAAAGCUGUACAGUGGUGCAGCUUCCUCUCUUGGCGCCAUUUCGAAUCCAAGCUCAGAGAGACUAAGCAUGGAUGGGUCGGCAACUUCAGUUUCAUCCCUCUCGCAUGCCAAUGCCGUGAAUAGCAUUCAAACCAGGUGGUGCAGCGGCGAAGAUGCCGAACUCUUCCGAGAGCGCUGGGAGAAGUUGUUCGCCGAGUUUUGCGACGGUGAUAAGGUAGACCCGAGUAAAAUUUCAGAGCUGUACGACACGAUGAAGUUCGACGCAUUGCACAACAGACAGUUCUUGGAAUGGGUCUUUACCCCCCCGAAGAGCAUGUUGGAAGACGAGUAUGCCGUCAAGGAGGGCAAAGACGGCAAAACUAGGGAUUCGGACGACAUCAGGACAUCUGAAGAUGCAAAAGGCGAGAGGACAACUCACCAUGGCACUUCGGAAGGGUCGGAUAAGACGGACCCUUCAAACCGCUCAGUGAAGAACCUGUUUCGGAGACGGUCAGUUCUGAACAGCCUCAGACACAUGAGCGACGAAGCCCCUCCUGAGCAGUAUUUCCGGCUCUACAAGGGAACCAACCAAGCAGCCGCCAAGAAUGAUCCUCGCUGCGAACCACUGCAGGAGCUUUACCGAUUAGCCAAAGUGAUGUUCGACUUUAUCUGUCCCCAGGAGUACGGAAUCUCGGAUAGCGAGAAGCUGGAGAUUGGACUGCUGACGUCGCUGCCUCUCCUCAAAGAAAUUGUCCAAGACUUGGAGGAGAUGCAAGCGUCUGACGAUGCCAAGGCCUUCUUCUACUUCACCAAAGAGUCCCACAUUUACACCUUGCUCAACUCCAUUAUCGAAGGGGGUAUUGAGACCAAGAUCAAGCGCAGUACCAUCCCCGAGCUGGAUUACCUGUCGCAAAUUUGCUUUGAGCUCUACGAAUCCGAGACGAAACCAGCUGCCGAGGGGUCUUCUGGCGAUGAGCCAACAUUUGCCUACAGCAUUCGUAUCACGAUUAGCCCUGGCUGCCACGUUUUCGAUCCCCUGCACGUGCAGCUCGACAGCCGACAUUGCAUUGGGUGCGCCCCGAGACGCAGCUUGACCCCACACAUCGACUGGCUGCAGGUUAUCAAGACUCUGCGUGCCAAGUUCAAUCAGGUUAAACUUCCAAAGACCUUUUUGGCGGUCAAUCUUUCGGAAGCUUUCACGUUUGAAGAACAAGAACGUAUGGCAAACGAGUCAGAUGCUUUGGAGAUGAAGGCUCUGCCACCAAAAGAUUUACUCUCAAGUAGCAUUUCUUUAACAAAGGUGGAGAUGGCCUCCAUGUCAGUCAAUGAACGCCGGUCGGGCAAAACGAGCACAAGGAGACACGCAUCAUGA